AUGUACACAAGAGACGGGGCCAAGGACCUGACCAUGCUGGCGGUACGUGGCACGCUUGAACACUGGGCUGUGCGCAGGAGCCAAACUUCUGCCUCUCAACAGCUUGAGACUUGUUCCGCUAGCUGCGGCGGCCUCGUUGUGCUGGAGUUGGCUGCAGACGCAAGGUUACAUAAGCACACGCAUGGAAAACGGCGACUGCUGAUUAUCGAAGAUAACAUAUUUACGCGAUGUAGAACCAGAUUCUCUCCAGAAAGUUCUUUGGCUGUGGCGGCACAGCUUGAAGUUUCUGAACCACAGCAUGUGUCCCACAUAGAGCACAACCACAAUAGGCAGCGUGAUGUAUGCGGCGAAAAAGUCGGCGGCAUUAAAGUCGAAAAACACACCGUAACCGUUGGUGAUGGUGAUGACAAUAAAGAAGCCCGCGCAGAGGUAGGCCCCAGCUUUCUGCAAUGGCGGUCUGAACACGAUCUUGUCGUCGAGGCCGUGGUACGCAAUGGCCUUUCUGAAGUGGAGGUAGGUGAGCGACACGAAAAUCCACGAGAUGAAGCCGGAAAUCGUGCAGAUGUUGGUGAGCCAGGUGAACACUUUGGCGGACGAGUUGGAGCAGUUGAGGAACGCGAGCAGGGCGAUGGCUCCUGUGAGAGCGACCGAGUAGAUUGGCACGCCGUUUCUGGUGCAGCGGGCGAAGAUAGCCGGCACCUCUCCGUUGCAGGCCAGCGAGUGCAAGCUUCUGGUAGCGGCGAAAAACUGCGAGUUACCGCACGAGUACGCCGACGUGAGGAUGGCGGCGUUGACGAUGUGGUUGAGCACCUUGAUUCCGGCGUUCUGGAUGCCGAUCACGUACGGCGAGCCGGCGGCACUGCUGGCUCCCGAGUUGACGGCGUCCAUGAGCCGUGGGUCGUUCGAGCCAACGAUAACGCCGACCACAAUCACGCCGACGACGUAGAAGAAGGCGAGUCUGUAGAUGAACCUCUUGCAGGCCUUUGGCAGGUUCGACCUUGGGGCCUCGGCCUCGGCGGCACACGCGGUGAUCAGCUCCGGGCUGAGAACGAAAGCAAACGCGCUCUUGACGAUUCCUGUCCAGCACGCGAGGAACUUGCCGGUGUUGCCGGGAGCAAGGUGCUCAACAAAGGCGCCUGGGUGUUUCCAGUAGUGGAAACCGAGCACGCCGUGCGAGGCAGGCGCUCCGCCGAAGAAAAUGACGAUUCCCACGAUAAUCAGGCCGAUGAUGGUGAUGAUCUUGAUGGACGAGAUCCAGAACUCGACCUCGCCGAAGAACUUCACCGCACAGAAGUUGAGCACCACGCACGAGACCCAGAAGAUCGAGAUGAAGAUGGCCACGUUGGCGUCGGUCCAGUACUGGAUCACAAAAGCAGCGGCGGUCAUUUCUGA